GGGUCGUCUCAGUGAGAUAUUAGGAGCAGUCGUCGCCGUGUCGCCCAAUUCCGUUUCAGACGUCGCGCGGGGCGGAAUCGGAACGUUGACGCGCGUAUUUUGAGAAUCGCGUGAUUUUCACCACAACUCGCCGAGCUGAGGGAAACAGGCUGCUGACAGUUCGAUCUCUCUUUGCGUCAAAUCUACAACCUUCGAAGUUGUUUCAUACCACUUAAUAACUGAAAGUUUGAACUCUUCACUCGGAAGACAAUUGUAUUUUCGAGCGGCGUUAUCAGUGACGUGUGGUCCAGUAGAUUAAAGGCUCGGCUCGGCUCGGCCCAUGGAUGACUCGUCCCUCGCGCCACGGCGAGUCCCGAGGUGAGGCGAGCGAGAGAGAUAUGAGAUGGACAAGAGAGAGUGAGAGAGUCAGUCACCGGAAGUGAGACAGCUGAGUUUCAAAAAUGGCCGGGCAUAAGCUGUAUGCUGCCCUCACGCUAGCCUUACUCACUUUCGUGCAUGGCCGAUUGCGAAAUACUGAAUGGAAGGGCGUCGGCUGCCCGCCUCCGGGGGUGUCAGUGAACGGGAGCCGAGUGGUGCCCCGUCCGGGCGCCGCCCCCGACUACAGCACCCUGUCCGAGGUCAAGUUCCCCGCAGAGCUGCCUUCGCCCUCCAUCCUGGGCCCUGACCGCCGCCUCUGCAAGAUCAAGUGCAUCGGCGGCCGCUGGGUCGGCCCACUCUGUCGUCAGGAACAAGAACAAGGUCGCUUCCAGCCUCUUCUGAGAUCCUGUACUCUGGACAUGUUCCCAUUGCAUCUUGUUCUCACCUAUAAGAAUACAACGAUAACGACUAACAACGAAGUGUUUCCACACAAUGCAGAAGUGCAGCUGCGGUGUAGAGAGCCUCUCGGACUGUACAAGCUGCUGGGUGAGUCCCGGCUGCAGUGCAACAAUGGAGCAUGGAGUAGUCGAGUGCCUUCCUGCAUUCCGACAACGGUUCUCACCAACUACACAGAGGAUUCACCACCAACCAUCUUGGUUCGGAUCCCUUCGGGGUCGGCGUCUGUGGAGCCAUCAGGAUCCCUGGCCGUUUUCCCGGGCUCCAUCCUCCAUCUAGAAUGCCUCUUUCCACGCAAAACAGGCACACCCGAAUGGACGUGGACGUCCUCUUUCAGGCAGUAUUUGACUGGAUGGGCAAUAGCUGCUGAAGAGAGAGAUUGGAAAUACAGACUCUCCAUAUAUUACACAAAAAUGCAAGACUCAGGUGUGUUUACUUGUGCCACACCGCGAGGUCUCACCAACAGCUUAACACUAAGAAUAACAGCGGUGCACUGUGAAUCGCUGGAUAGGCAGGUUGAAGCCGACAAGCAGUUGAAAGCGCAUGUGGAAGGCACGCGCCUUGGCCAGUCGGCCAUCUUCCAAUGUCCGGUCGGAUUCCGGCUCAAUGGAACGGCCAAUCUCACCUGUCAAGCAUCGGGCGAAUGGUCGUCCCGAGUGCCGCACUGCGAGCCGAUCCGCUGUCCGCAGCUGGAGGUGACGGACGGAUCCGGCCUGGAGAUGGUGGAGCAGAACACCAGCUACGGCGGCCGAGCCGUCUUCAACUGCGCCUUCGGCUUCCGCAUGAGUGGUCCUCCCGGACUCGAGUGCGAACUGGACGGUCGGUGGUCCGGUCUUGUACCCAACUGCACACGCAUCCAGUGCCCACCACCCAUAGCGCCGCAGCACGGCCGCGUGGUAGAAGAGUCGACCCCUGAUGAUGCGGGGGUGUAUAGCGUGGGGGCGGUCGUGCAGUUUGCCUGUUUACCCCAUGCAAGGCUCUUCGGCGAGGCGUCCAUUGUCUGCACGGAGACCGGCUUCUGGUCUCAGCCUGCUCCUCUAUGUAAACCAGGUUGUGAAUAUCCGGGAGAACCAGAGAACGGCCUGCUAGCUCCGUUGAAAUUCUGGUACGAGUCGGGAGACAAAUUGCAGGUGAGUUGCAACGCCGGCUUCGUGUCCCCGCUGCAAACUUCGCCCGUCUGCCGAGAAGAUGGCUCUUGGGAUCCACCGAUGCCAAACUGUACGGACUACACUGAAGUCUAGUUCCUGUGCCGACCAACUUGAGUGAACAAAAUUGAAACUGGGACUUUGUCCAGAGCAAACUUUGUAGUGUAACGAUGAAUACUGAAGUUGCUAGAAUCUGAAAGUAAUAUACAACGAUGGAAAAACGAACUAAAAUUAUCAAACUUAGAACGUUAUGAUGAAAAAAUAAUGUCAUAUUGUAUCAAUGUACAUAGUAUUCAAAUGAUAAUUGUUGAAAUGUGAAAAAAUACAACGACUUAUAGCUCCUCAGUCGACUAUAGCUCUUGUAACGCCAACGAUUCUUAAAAAAUAUGAGAAUCUAUUUUGCAUUAUACAAAUUAUUGGUUAGAGGUAUAUAAUUAAUUUUGGGAAACUUCCCUCUCAUAAAAUUGAUUUUCAAGUCUCCAUAUUUGGAGAUUCAUUACACAUUAAUAUUAAUUCUGUUGGAGAGGAAUGUAAAUUAUCAAAACAUUCCACAACCUCAAAUAUCAUUCAAUCUGAAUAUUUAUUCAUAAGUAAUGGAGCUUUAAAAUGAAUUGAUGAUUCCAUAAGGAAACCCUCAUUCAGACAUUUGUGAGAAGGAAUGCCAACUUUUCAAUUCUUGCUGGUUUUUUUCUGCACUUCAGGUCUAAUUGAGAGGAAGAUUUUUUAUGUGAUAGGAAUCAGUUCUUAAACUUUACUGAAAUCUUUAAUAUAACAUUUUCAUGCAAGAUAUAAAAACUAUUAUAGGUAAUUUUUUUAAUGGGCACUAAGUGAAAUAUUCAGAUAUCCCACUCUCAUCAUCCAAAUUAUUUUGUUGAUAGCAUAUUGAAUAAAGUAGUACCUAACUAAUCUUAGAAGUCGCAAGCUAUCAAUGUACAAAGUCCGAUAGGUUUUCACCUUUUCUAGUCAAAUAUUUGCUGUGAUAAUAUAAUGUACGUAUGACGGGAGGAACGUGUUAUGAGGUUACUUGACUGGAAUUACAAUUCUGUUCUAUUAGAAUGGUGUAUUUAUAUUUUUAUUGAUUGAUUUGAAAAUAAUCAGAUAAGACCACUGCUAGUAGGCUUCCACUAUAGCGAGCAAUACUUUGAUUGAACAAGGAAGAUUGACUUUGGUUCAAGAAAGUUUUCUUCAAAUCAUAUCAUUGUGACAUUCAUUUGAUCUCUUUUGAUCAAUAAUCAUUCUAUGGUUGAAUUACAGAGUUUAAUGAAUAUCAUUCUUUUUCAGUCAGAUUCGCCUACUAAAAAGUUCAGGAUAUCCAGCUACUUUUCAAGGUUAUUUCAAAGAGAGCGUGAUUGUAGUAUGAUUAUUGUUGGAAGACCGUAGCUAUUACUCUUGUACAAUAAAUAAUAUCACCUUAGAUUAGAUUGUGAUCUGAGCUGAUCAAAUUCGAAAUCUGGAGUUGAAAUAAAUAUCAUUCAGCUGUAACGACUAGACAUGAGCAGUCACAUGAAUUUCUAGAAUUUAUGGAAGAGCCUUAACAGUAAUGUUGAGUUAAUGCUCAGUGCAUUCUGUAAAUAUCUUGGAUCUCUCAGUUCAAGUUGAUUGUUGCAUCUUUUAUCAGAGUUUGUAAAUAAUGUAUAAUUGGAUUUCCUCAUGUUGGAAUCAUAAAUGUAUGUAAAUAGUUCAAUAAAAAGGUGUCUGCCAUUUUAUUUCGUAUACAUUCGUAAUC